CGCGAAAUAAAUAAUUUCCGGGGCUUAGGCUUUUUAAUUUACUUCUUCAGCUGGAGAUCAUUUCCUCGAAAGAGUGCGAGAAAAGCAUGGUGGUGAUAUCUGACGUUAACAACAUGUUUUGGGGUGUAACACUUGAUGGCGGAAAGCGCUACUCUCAACAUGUGACCAAGGGUUUUCAUAUCUCCAUGGCGGCCCUAGAAAAAGACAAGCCAAAUGAAAAUGUACAAGUAAUGCUGCAGCAAGAGUCCUCAGAGUUCUUGCUGUGUACAUUAAACAGUACAAUUCUGCAACAACCACUUGACCUUAACUUUGCUCAUGGAGAGAAUGUUACUUUCAGUUUAAAUGGUUCAGGAGUUGUCCAUUUAACAGGAUACAUCAUAGAAGAGGAGCCAUUUGAUGACUCUUGCUGUGACUCUGAAGAAGAAGCCCCUUCUCUGGUAGAUACAUCUGCUGAACUUAGUAUGUCAGGUGGUAAAAAGAGAAAAGCUUUGGAAUCUCAAAGGCUAGCUAAAAAAAUUAAAAUGCUAUCAGAUAGUGUUGGAGAUGAGGAUGAUGACGAUGACAGUGAAGAUGCAGACUACAGCAUAGAUGAUGAAGAAGAAGAUGAAGAGUUCUCAGAUGAUUUUGAAGAAGAUGAAUUUGGAGACAGUGAUUCAGAUGAUGAUGAUGCUUGGUAUUCGGUUUUUGCAGAUGAUGAUGAUGAUGAAGAUGAAAGUGAUGAAGAAGAAGAAGAGUCACCAAAGAAAAAAGAAAAGGUUAAGACUCCAAAGCCUGACUCAAAAAACAAUACACCAGUUCCCCAAAAGUCUGCACAGCAGAAAACUCCUAAGAAAGAGGAAUCUACACCUUCACAGAAAGCAACACCAAAAGAAGCCAAAAAACAGAAACAGUCUGUGUCUGAGACACCAAAAACUCCAAAACAAAAUGGCAAAGAUGAAUCACAAGUUGAAACACCUACCACACCUGCAGGGGAAAGUGCCAAAAAGAAGAAAAAGAACAAGAAAAAGAAGAACAAGGAUAAAAGUGCCAAUAACUCUAUGAAUGAGAGCACAGCUAGCACUCCAGGAAACACAUCAGAAACAACACCAUCUACUCCUAAAAAGAGAGUUGUAGCUGGGGGCACAGUGGUUGAGGACUUGAAGGUUGGACAUGGGCCUGAAGCCAAACCUGGAAAAAUGGUAUCUGUUUACUAUGUUGGAACCCUAGCCAAGAAUAACAAAAGAUUUGAUUCAUGCACAGAUGGCAAGCCAUUCCGUUUUAGACUCAACCAGGGGGAAGUAAUCAAAGGCUGGGAUGUAGGAGUCAAUGGAAUGAAAGUUGGAGGCAAAAGAAAAAUAACAAUCCCAGCAAGUCAAGGUUAUGGCAAUGCAAAACAAGGUCCCAUCCCACCAAAUUCAACCCUUGUGUUUGAAGUGGAAUUGAAAGCUGUUAGUUGAAGGGAUUAAUAAUUUUAUUCAUUUUAAUGAUUUUAACAUGUGUUCAUCAAGUAUACUUUCCAAUAAUGCCAUUUUUAUUUUAUUGCUUUUCUAAUAUGCCAUAUCAGACUGCAUGUUUGGUUAGUAAAUUUACAACAAACUCUGUGACAAUAUGUGGUUCAUGUUAAACAUUUGUAUGUAAAUCUAUGUUAAUUAAGGACAGAUCUAAGUUCAUGUAGGCUGAGUGUUAGGGAUAAGAUUAGCAUUUUAAAUAGGCAGGGCAUUUCUAGGGAGGUCGCUCUGUUGCAUGAAUAUUUUUUAAUUUGUUGUUGUUGUAAAUUUAAGCUGAUAAUUUUUAAUGUUUGGUUGUUGAUCUGAUGGGCAUUAAUAAAAUUGAUGUUA